AUGGAUGCUUUAUCCGAACUAAGAGCACUCUCUGACCUGAUCAAGAACUCCAUCGAGACUGUAGAGACUGUCUGCAAGCGUAACGGGCAACCUUAUCCGUCAUCGCAUGCGCCCUUCACGAUGGCAUCCGAGGCCAUCCGCAUCGAUCCAGAGAUUUCCCAGGCAGGGACGACUAUCGUGGCAGCGGCCUCGCAACUAAUCGUUGCAGUACGACCUCCUCCCUUGACUCUGGUUGCUACUGCCCUGCAGUACCAUGUGUCAUCCAGCCUCGGCACUGUUCUACAAUUGAAUGUAGCAGAAAUAUUGCGAUCUGCUGGUCCCCAAGGGCUCCAUGUCGGGAAAAUAGCUUCCCUGUGUAAUACUGACCCCACGAAACUUGCCCGGCUUCUCCGACUACUAUGCACUACUCAUAUUUUCACAGAACUUGCUCCAGACGUGUUCACCCAUAACCGCAUUUCUUCCAUGCUUGAUACCGGAAAACCGCUGGAGACUAUAACGGCUUCCCCCGAUGCUAAGCACGACGGCACGCUAAGCGUCUCAGCUUUGCUUGAACAUAUGACGGAUGAAAGCCUGAAGUCAUCUGCCUUCCUAGUAGAGGUCAUGAAAGAUCCGGAGACCGCCAAAUCUGGGGAGCCUAACUGCACUCCCUUCAACCGAGCCUUUGGUACUGAUUUGCCGGGGUUUGCCUGGUUCGAGAGGCCAGAGAACCGUGCAAAGCUGGUCCGAUUUGGCAUCGGUAUGGAAGGAGCUCGGAAUAUGGCGAAGCCUGGUAAUAUAUACGAAGGUUUCAAGUGGGAAGACCUUCCCCAGGGUGCCCUGGUUGUGGAUGUGGGCGGAGGCAUUGGGUCACAGUCGCUUGCUCUCGCCAAGAAAUAUGAUCGCCUUCAGUUCUUGGUCCAGGACCGUGCUCCAGUCAUUGCGGAAGCACACAAAUUCUGGCAAAGGGAGAUGCCCUUGGCAAUAGAAUCCGGAAAAGUGAAAUUACACGGGCAUGACUUCCUCAGCCCUCAGCCGGUCAAGGAUGCGGCAGUUUUCUUGUUGCGAAUGAUUCUCCACGACAGUUCAGAUGCAUAUUGUGUCAGAAUUCUACAGCAUCUCCGACAGGCUGCAAAAGCCAACACACAGCUGGUGGUUGUGGACAGUUGUCUAUCUUAUGCAUGCGAGGACAGUACCAUUGCUAGCACCGUACCAGGCAAUGAUAUGCCGCGUCCCCCGAAACCUCUUCUAGCCAACGGUGGACAAGCGAAUAUCAUCUCAUAUCUGUCAGAUUUACAAAUGCUUACUCUGCUCAAUGGAAGUGAGCGUACGGUCGCCCAGUUUGCCGAUUUGUUUGAACAGUCUGGCUGGAAACUAGCCAGAGUACAUCAUGGAGUAGGUUUUGCGGGUCUUAACUCAAAAUUUAUUGGUAUUCCUGCAUGA